CUGAGGGGGAAAGUGUGGCAUUAUGGCUUCUGUGUUGCCCUACGAAAGCCUGGUACACGCCGUGGCCGGAGCUGUGGGAAGUGUGACUGCCAUGACAGUGUUUUUUCCCUUGGAUACCGCUAGACUUCGACUUCAGGUUGAUGAGAAAAGAAAGUCAAAAACUACGCAUGCAGUGCUCCUGGAGAUUAUUAAAGAAGAAGGCCUCCUGGCACCAUAUCGAGGGUGGUUUCCAGUUAUUUCCAGUCUCUGCUGCUCCAAUUUUGUCUAUUUCUACACUUUUAAUAGCCUCAAAGCAGUAUGGGUCAAAGGUCAAUGUUCUUCUACAGGAAAAGAUCUGGUGGUCGGAUUUGUUGCAGGAGUGGUGAAUGUGUUACUGACGACUCCACUCUGGGUGGUGAACACCAGACUGAAGUUGCAAGGAGCAAAAUUUCGGAACGAAGACAUUAUACCAACUAACUACAAAGGCAUUAUCGAUGCAUUCCACCAGAUUAUUCGAGAUGAAGGAGUCUUGGCUCUGUGGAAUGGCACCUUCCCCUCCUUGCUGUUGGUCUUCAACCCUGCCAUCCAGUUCAUGUUCUACGAAGGCUUAAAACGGCAGCUUUUAAAGAAGCGGAUGAAGCUUUCUUCUCUGGAUGUGUUCAUCAUUGGUGCAAUAGCCAAAGUGGUUGCCACCACAGUCACUUAUCCCAUGCAGACGGUACCGUUGAUUCUGAGGUUUGGACGUCACAGACUAAACCCAGAAAACAGAACCCUGGGGAGUCUUCGGAAUGUUCUCUAUCUUCUUCACCAGCGAGUCAAGCGCUUUGGAAUAAUGGGACUCUACAAAGGCCUUGAAGCCAAGCUGCUCCAGACCGUGCUCACAGCUGCCCUCAUGUUCCUGGUGUAUGAGAAACUGACAGCUGCUACCUUCACUGUAAUGGGCCUGAAGGGCACACACAAGCACUGAGGUCCUCCCCAGAGCAGUUUGGAGAUGCACUUGCUGC